AUGAAUUCCUUGUACUUGUUGGCGUUGUUGGCUCCAUUUGUCGUCGCCGACUUGAUCACUCCCCAGUUGAACAAGCCCAUUUCCGGCGGCGAGUUCACUUUCUACGGAGCUUCCGGAAAGGGAGCAUGUGGCUUGGAUGUAAGCUCCUGCUCGGCCGCAGUCUCUGGAGACCUCUUCGACUCCAGCGCCCAAUGGGUACCCUCUACGCUGCCCGAUGGAAGAUACAUUUUGGAUGACCCAGUCUGCAAAGGCAUCUGCGUCCAGAUCGAGUACAAGGGAAAAACGUAGGUGGCUGCAGGGGAAAGGAGUGGAUAUUCUGAACAAGAGAAGCCUAGAAACUAAAAUACGCGGGUUCCCAAACUGGUCGCUCAUAAGAAAUCCUCGAAUUUUGAUGCCAGAGACCGUAAAAUGAAGUCCAUUUUUUUGGGCCUUUUGAAGCUAGGGACUUUGGUGAUUCUGGGAAAUUACAAGCCAAGGACCUAACACAUGUGCAGCAAAUUAUAAUCCUAAUACUUGACACAAACCAGGACUAAAAUUUCUCACUAGUCUGUCCGCAAAGUCGCUGCUGCGACUUCGGCGACAUGCACUGUGCAAAAAAAGGUUAGAGAGCAACACCCGAAAAAAUCCUAUUGUAUCUUCUACAGGCUAAAAAAUUGCACUUUCUUUUAGGAUCUCCGGCAUGAAAGCUUUGGGAUUCUUUAAAAGUAGGGCGCACACUGGCUCCAAAAGAAAUCAAGCUUUUCCAAGGACAACCCAAAAAGUUAUUACCAAAAAAUUUGUCUACUCUCCAAAAUACCCCAAUCUUUUCAGUGCCACCUUCCCCGCCGACAACAAGUGCCCCGAAUGCGCUGUGGACCACGUCGACCUCUCCGAAGCCGCCUUCUUGGUUCUGGAGCCAGCCGGAGGAACUGUUGGAGUCGCGAAGCCCGCCACCAUCACCUAUCUGUUCUGCAAUCAGACCACCAUCAGCAGCUGCUAA